AUGACGGCCGUGGCCAUCCUCGCAGCGACACUGUCGAUCCUGGUCCCGCUCACCAGCGGACUGGGAUCAACAGACACCAUCACAUGGGGUGGUGACAACUCACGAACGGGCUAUCAAACAAGCCAUAACAUGGACCCGGCCAUUGUCGGCAGCAAUGACUUUGCCCAGAUCUUCAAGACGGCCCUCCCAGGCCAAUACAACGGCGCAUCAGAGCAGAUCUUCUCACAGCCCCUUGUUUACACACCCUCUGGCAACAACAGCCAGUAUGUGUACUUUGCGACUACGCAAAACAAUGUCUACAAGCUGGAUGCAACGACGGGCAAGAUCCUCCUGUCCCGCAACUUGGCCGUUCCGUUUCUGACAGCCGAUCUGGAUGGCUGUGUCGACAUCAACCCCCUCAUUGGCAUCACGUCCACGGGGGUCAUCGACCCGGAUACCGACACGGUGUACUACAUGGCGAAGACGUAUGCCGACCAAAACGGAGGAACCGGCGCCCAGGGAAAGUCCAACGGCCGCUACUACCUGCAUGCUCUCAAUGUCAACGACCUGACAGAGCGUCCCAACUUCCCGGUGGACCUCGAGGGCAUUGUCGCGCGCAACAACCCCAUUCGCAGCUUCAACGGCGGCAUCCACCACCAGCGGCCUGCCCUGCUCCACUCGGGCCAGUACAUUUACGCCGGUUUCGCGUCUCACUGCGUGCAGUACAACUUUACGGGCUGGCUCAUGGGCUUCGACAAGACGACCGGCACCGUCGUUGAGCGGUACGCGACGGAGGGUGAUGGCGUGCCCAACACCACGCCCGGCGGUGGUAUCUGGAUGUCUGGUGGUGGCCUUGCCUCAGACGACCAGGGCUCGCUCUUCUUUGGCACGGGCAACGGUUUCGCCUCGCAGCUCAGCACCAUUCCCGUGGCGGGCCGCAAUCCGCCCACCUCGCUCGAGGAGGCCGCUGUGCAUAUGACACUCAACGACGACGGGUCCGUGACACUUGUCGACUUUUUUAUGCCGCAGGAAAAGCAAGCCUUGGACGGCGCCGACAAGGACCUGGGCACCUCGCCUCUGGAGCUUCUGCCGAGCACGUUCUCCUGUGGUGCGAUCACGCACAUUGGUGUCAUCACGGGCAAGAGCGGCAAGACCUACUUCCUCAACCUCGACGACCUAGGCGGCUACCGCACGGGCACCAACAACGGCGACCGCGUCAUCCAGGUGUACCAGAACGAGAACUCGGUUUACGCCGGCGCCGGGGUGUAUCCGCUGGACGGCGGUGGCGGUUACAUUUACAUCAACGUGAUCAAGUACCCCACACACGUCUUUCAGUUCUCGUGCGUCAACGGCGUGCCGUUGUUCAUCAAGGUGGCUGACAGCCCCGAGUCCAACGCUUACACUCUCGGUGUCAGCCACGGAACAGUCACGUCGCUCAACAGCGAAGAGGGCACUGGUCUGCUGUGGACGACCGAUGUCCAGGGGAACAACCUACGCAUUUACAACGCCAUUCCCCAGAACGGCUACCUUACCGAGAUACGCAAUUUCUCGGUGCCCGGCACCACCAAGUUCACGCGCGCCGUCUUCGGCGAUGGCCGCAUGUACAUGGGCACAACGCAGGGCUAUGUCUAUGGAUUUGGCGCGCCCACGACGCCGCCGCUGAACUGCACGACGCCAGUCAACUUUGGCAUGCUGGACCUUGCCCACGCGGCCGCCACUGCCCAGGUCACCUGCACGGCCGUCAUUGCCACGACCGUAAAGUCGCUGACGCUUGACGGCCCCGACUUUACCAUCACGUCGACCACCACAUUCCCCGCCACCUUGGCCAAGGGAAGCACAUUCACCUUUACGGCCUCGUUCAAGCCGACCACGGUGGGCCUGUUGACCGGCACCGUGUCAAUUGCUACCAAAAACGGCGUCACUGGCUACGCAUCAACUGCAUCUAUUCUACUCCAGGGGACUGGCCUCAGUACAGGCGCGCUGUUCUCGGUUUCGCCGCCUAUCUUGACAUUCACCAACGUCGUCAUUGGUGCCACGCCUGGUGGCGUCCAGGAGCCAGUCAUUUUCAGAAAUCUUGGCAACUCGACCCUCAGCAUCACGGACAUCCUCUUCUCCGAAACGAACGCCACGGGCCCUUGGGUGACAGGUUCUACUACAGGAAACGGCACGCAGAUUGGUGACUUUACCUUCUCUGGUCUCCCUUCGACGAUUGCCGCGAACGGCGGCCAGAAUAUUGAGGUCACAUUUGAUCCCACUGCCGGCGGCAAUUUUACACUGUUCGUGCAAGUUGUGACCAACGGCGGCAACCAGACAUUCGAGAUCGACGCCAACGCCGGCCCUGGUGCCACCUGUCUGCUCGAAUUCCAGACCGCCGACGGCCUUGGCUGGGUCACGUACGAGAAGAAUGUGAACUUCACCUUUGGCAACGUCACGGAGAACACGUCGCGGUCGCUGCUCCUGCGCGUCACCAACAACGGCACCGCCGACGCCGUGCCCUUGUCCCUCACCGUGUCCAAGCCACCCUUUGGUGUGGCCGGCAUCAUUGGAGCCGCCAACCAGAUCGACCUCGCCGAGGGCACCAUCUUAAAGGUCGGCGAAAGCGCCACGGCCAGCCUCUACUGCGCCGUACCCAAGGAGCAGUGGAACACGGACACGUACUACGGCACCGCCAACUGGACCAUGAACACCAACGAUCCCUCCUGGGACAAGCAGUACAUCCAGUUCGCGUGCGAGGCCGUCGCCGAGCAGGCCCCGCCUUUGCAAGCCGACGGCCAGGGCGUCUAUCGCUAUGUCGGCUGCUUCAAGGAGAACAACCCGGGUCGCCAGCUGCAGAAACAGCUCUACAGCAGCAGUAACAACACAGCAGCCAUGUGUAUUGCCGCCUGCGCCGCCGGCAGCUACACGUACUGCGGAACCCAGUACAACAGCGAGUGUUGGGCCGGCAACACCAUCCCCGUCCUUCAGGUGUCUGAGAACGACUGCAACUACCCGUGCUCGGGCAGCCUGGACCAGAUCUGCGGCGGCAAUGGCGUGGGUACGGACGCCGGUGGUGCCUACAUUUCCCUGUACGCCGUCGGCGGGGCCAGCAACUCGAGCGAUCCGACACCGCCUCCCGGUGGGCCUGUUGUCAACCUUGGCGACCACGGCUAUGUGAGCGUCGGCUGCUACCACGAGCCAUCCGCAGGCCGUGCGCUCACCAACCAGUUGUCUAUCUCGAACCAGACCGUCGACACGUGUCUUGCGGCUGCGGCUGUCGGCGGCUACACGUACGCCGGUCUCGAGUACGGCGGCGAGUGCUGGGUCGGCAACGCGCUGAACACCGGCGCUUCGGAGGUCGACCUAACGACGUGCUCCAUGACGUGCAACAACAACGGCUCCGAGUACUGUGGCGGCUCGCUCCUGCUCAACGUCUAUACGCUCAACGGCACGGCCGUGCUGCCAUCGUCGUCGUCGUCGUCGUCUAUGACUGGUACCGGUAGUACAAGCUCAACGAUGCCGUCAUCCACACCUACGGGAGGGCCCGUUGUCAACCCGGGCGUCGACGGCUACCAGUACAUUGGCUGCUGGCACGAGCCAUCGACCGGCCGUGCCUUUGGCAAGCAGCUGACCGUCGCGAAGGAAACCGUCGACACAUGUCUCGCUCUGGCCGUCAGCGGUGGCUACAUCUUUGCUGGCCUCGAGUAUGGAGGCGAGUGCUGGGUUGGCAACGCAGUCAAUCCAGCUGCGUUGCAAGUCGCUGGUACGGCCUGCACAAUGGCAUGCAAUGACAACAAGACGGAACUGUGUGGUGGAAGCCUCCUCCUCAACGUCUACCAGCGCAACACUUCGACGGCCGUGACGUCGGCCACGUCGGCGUCCCUGAGCGCCAUCAUCACGUCUUCACUCUCGGCCGCUGUGUCUUCGGCCUCAAUCUUGGCCUCAAGCACCACCACGGCCAGCCACGCCGCCAAACCAACCGUCGGCGACUGGGUCUACCAGGGCUGCUACACCGAAGGCUCUGCCGGCCGUGCUCUCGCGGCUCUUUCCCAAACGAACAACGACAUGUCCUACGAGGAGUGCGCCAGCUACUGUGUCGACUACGCCUACUUUGGCGUCGAGUACGGCGACCAGUGCUACUGCGGCAAUUUUUUGGCCCCCGGCAGCGUCCCGGCCGCGGAAACGGACUGCUCCACGUAUUGUGCGGGUGACGCCGCAGAGCUCUGCGGUGCCGGCAACCGCCUGAAUGUGUACCUGCAGAGCGGCGCGCGCACGGGACCGCCCGCGCCCAAGCCCCGUCUGGCCGCCACCGACUUUGUGUACCAGGGCUGCUACACCGAGGCCACCGCGGGCCGGGCGCUAGGGUCGGCGUCCAUCUCGGCGGCCAACAUGACCUACGAGGCCUGCGCGGCCCACUGUCUGUCGGGCACCGCCACCCGCUACACCGUGUUUGGCGUCGAGUACGGGACGCAGUGCUACUGCGGCGACACGCUGGCCGCCGGCAGCGUGCAAACAAACGAGAGCGCGUGCACCAUGGCCUGCGGCGGCGAUGCCUUUGAGCUCUGCGGCGGCCCGAGCCUGUUGAAUUACGCCGGGCUCGUCAUCGUCACCCAGCUCCUCCUCGGUGGUGGCCCCGACCGCACCGCCAGUACCUGUGUCGCCCACUUUGACGUCGUCUGCUGCGGCGUCAUCGACUUUGGCGUCCACUACUUUGACAUCGGUUUUGUCUCCUGCGAGCCAGUUUUCCUCGUCUUCAGCAGGCUCCCAAUCCGUCCCUUCAAACUCUAUGCCUUCUUCGUCGUCUUCAUCGUCUGUCUCAACUUCGUCAGUGGCCAAGCCAUUUGCCAGUCCCUCCUCCUCGGUUGUCGUCUCGACAUCUUCAAGUCUCAGCGAUGGAGCAACCCCGCCAUCCUCAACCCUUUCGUUGUCUUCGUCUUCUUCUUCAGCAAUUUCGACGCCGAUUAUCGCAACUGGUAA